AAACAAAAACCUAAUCCAAUCCCUUUACUCCUCAGCCCUCUUCGUAUUCACAGCAGAAGACAGACGACAGCAACAGUUCGACGGGCAUCCAGCGGCAGGGGAAAAGGGGAUUUUCCUCCGAUCAGGCGACCACCACCAAUCCAACCCGGCAACCCCAACCAUUUCAUCUUUUUUCCUUGCUUUCCCCUUAGGCCUUUGCCUACGUUCUCCUUAUCACCUCCUUGCGGUAGCUGCAAAAGUCAUUGUCCACAGGCAAGCGGCAGCCGGCAUUGGGUGGCAAUCCUUCCAUUCUAUUUCACCUUUUUGUUCUAGGUAAGCUGUGAAAUUGAAACCUGACAUUAUAUUGUGUUGUUCACCGAUGUAACUCAUGAUAGUUGUGUUUGUUGAUAUGUAAAUAGAACUGAAAUUGUGUUGCUUAUUGUGUACUUAUCUUGGCAAAUUAGAUCUUUCAAAUGGAGAGGUAUUACUUUCCAAAGAAGAACAAGACUUCCCCAAUUACUACAGCCCAAGAUUUGGAAGGAAGUGGAAGUAGACAAGCCCAAACUUUUCCUCCUUCAACGGCGGUGGUUCCUUCCAAGAUUCGACAAUCAAAUGUAUCGGUUUCGAUAAAUCAAACUUCACAACAAAGUAAGUCUUCAUCUCAAAAGUGAAAGUGAGUCUUCCUUUGAAUAUGAAGAAAGCCGGUUUGAUUUGAAUUCAUUGAAAAUGGAUCUGGGAUUAAGAGAUAAAGUUUCUAGUUUUCAUCCUGAUGUGCAAGAUGAAGUUAGAAGGUUUUAUCUUGAAAAUGGUCUGUGCCAACCUAAAGGUCAUCGUUUUCCAUAUAGUGACUUUAGUGGGAAGAAACGCAGAUUCUGUUCAUCUUGGUUUCUAGAGUACAAUUGGCUUGAAUACAGUAUUGAGAAAGAUGCAACAUUUUGUCUCUACUGUUAUUUGUUUAGUAAGAAAAGUGGAGCAUAGGAUGGUUUUGUUGGUGAAGGUUUCAGAGGGUGGAAUAGAAAGAAGUGUUUUGCUGAUCAUGUGGGCAGGCAUAACAGCUUCCAUAACAAAGCUAAAGGCAAUGCAGACCUUUUGUUGAAGCAAUCAUGAGGUAUUGCAGCUAGUUUAUCUAAACAAUUAGAUCAAACCAAAACAGAUUAGCGAACUCGAUUGAUGGCUUCACUUGAGUGCUUAAAGUUUCUUAUGCGCGGUGGAUUAGCUUUUCGUGGGCACAAUGAAUCAUCAUCUUCAAGCAACAAAGGUAACUUUCUUGAGCUAUUGGAGUUUCAUGCUUGUGGUAGAGAAGUAGAAAGAGUUGUUUUGAGAAAUGCUCCAAAAAAUCUCCAAUUGACCUCCCCAGAUAUCCAGAAAGAUCUUGUUCAUGCAAUGGCUUCUGAAACAACCAAGAAAAUCAUUCAAGAUCUAGGAGAUAACUUCUUUUGCAUAUUAGUUGAUGAGACUCGUGAUGCUUCAACCAAGGAACAAAUGGCCAUUGUUUUACGCUAUGUGAAUGAUCAGGGUUUGGUUAUGGAGAGGUUUCUUGGUACUACUCAUGUGGCAAAUACUAAAGCCUUGACACGGGUGAAAUUGAAACUAUGCUUUCAAAACAUGGAUUGAGUAUGUCAAGAAUAAGGGGACAAGGCUACGAUGGAGCUAGCAACAUGAAAGGACAAAUCAAUGGGUUGAAGAGUUUGAUCUUAGCUGAAAAUUCUUCUGCUUAUUACAUUCAUUGUUUUGCACAUCGGCUUCAGUUGGCUCUUGUUGUUGUCGCUAAGAAUCAUCUUGAAGUUGGUGAUUUUUUCAAGACUGUCAAUAGUGUGAUGAAUCUUAUUGGAGCAUCUUGCAAACGAUCUGAGUUUAUUCGGGAUGCUCAAGUUGAGAAGAUUGCUGAGGCUGUAGCUGCUAAUGAACGAGAGACUGGAAGAGGAUUGAAUCAAGAAAUGGCUCUUAAAAGACCAGGUGAUACUCGUUGGGGUUCUUACUAUGGGGCGCUUAUCAAUUUGGAUAUCAUGUUCUCUGCUAUUAUUGAUGUGUUGGAUACAAUUCAGAAUGACCCUACUUCUGAGACAGAUACAACUAUUGAUGCAUAGCGUAUGUCGAUUACACUUCAAGAUUUUAACUUUUUCUUCAUUUUGAAGUUGAUGAUUGAAGUGUUAGCGAUAAUGAAUGAGCUAUCACUAGCAUUGCAAAGGAAAGAUCAAGACAUUGUAAAUGCCAUGAAACUUGUUCGUGUAUCAAAGACCAGAUUACAAGAGAUGAGAGACAAUGGAUGGGAGUCUUUGCUUGAUGAUGUAGUUUCAAGCUGCACUAAAGAUUCUAUUCACUUUCCUAUUAUUCAUGAUGUGUAUGUUCUUCCAGGACGGUCAAGGCGCAAAGCUCCGGAUAUCACAAACCUACAUCACUUUCAAGUUGAACUGUUUUACACGGUUGUGGAUAUGCAGCUGCAAAAGUUGAAUAAUCGCUUUGAUGAGGUGAAUACCAGAUUGUUGACUUGCAUGACUUGUUUUAGCCCGGAGUCUGAAUUCGCUGCUUUUGAUAUGGAGAAACUAAUGUGUCUUACUAGAUUUUAUCCUGCUGAGUUUGGUUCCAUCCAUGAUACUAUUAUUCGACAACAGUUUAUUGGGUAUCAUCGUGAUGUUAUGGCUAAUGAGAGAUUUGCUAGAUUAAAAGAAAUUAAUGAACUUUCUCGAGUAAUGGUGGAGACAAAAGUGCAUCAGUCAUAUCUGUCUGUUUAUUUGCUUCCGAAGCUAGUUUUGACUCUUCCAGUUGCAACUGCAAGUGUAGAAAGAGCAUUUUUCAGCUUUAAGCUAUAUCAAGAACAAGCUUCGAAGUCGAAUUGGAGAUCAGUUUGCUAAUGAUUGUUUAGCAAUAUACAUUGAAAGAGACUUACUUACGCAUGUAGACAACGAAUGUAUUUUGCAUUUCUUUCAGAAUAUGAAAACCCGUCGUGGUUGUUUGUGAAAACAAUGAUUAUAUUAGUAGGUAAUUUCUUUAUCUAUGACUGGAUUAUUUGGAUAUUAUUAAUUUUAUUUAUUACUUAUAUUUAUAUUUUGAAAAGAGGACAGGGGUAGUUUCAAAUCGUGGCUCCGCCACUGGAUACAUGUGUACCCUUUUUGUUUCUUAAAGGGCUCAACUGUUGCUAGGCACAAUAAGAUUUGAUGUUCCCACUAUAAGAGAAUUAAUUUAGUUGGUUUAAGCACCAUAUCCAUUUGUGUGCUUUCUCUGCAUAUCUGGUAUUAGUUAUAAAUUAUUCAACCCCAACAACAUCUUAUUGAUCUUAUUGGUUAACGAGUACCGUGCCUCCCAGAAUCGCACUGGCAGAUGGAGCUUCAUUACUACCUGAACUAAUAAAACCCAUAACUUAGAUUUAAUCAAGAUUUAAGGAGCUGAAGGCAAAUAUGAAGGUGAAUUUGAAAUUGUUUCGUAGAAUAUGAUGACAUGUUUGUUCUUGCUGAGUCAAAUUGGUUUCAGGAUCAUAUUUGGUUUGAGUCUUAUUUAAUGGUUUGCUCUCGAUUUGUUACAAAUAAUUAUGGUUUGAAUUCCAAUUUUCUUUCGCAAGACUGUCAAAAGCAUUUUAUACUCCACCGGCCAAUGGGUCGGGCCCAAUAUUAGUUGGUUAUAUCUUGAUGAAUGGAAGUCUUGAUUUAUAUGUACUGAACUUAUUUGUUUGACGUUGUAACCGGUGUACGUGAAACUAUUUUAAUGUAAUUGUGUGAAUUUAGAGUAUUGCGUUGUUGACUUUUUGUUUAAUUUAAAGUUGACUUUUCUAUUGUAUAGGUGAUUUUUUAUGAUAUGAUAAAGACACCCCAUUGGCCAAUUUCCUGGCUCCGCCACUGUCUUGAUGGGUUGGCGACAGAUUUUGGGCUGGGUUUUACCCAGUUCAAUUAACGCCACAUCAGCUUGGUAAUGCCAACAUGGCCCAAUAGAAUUUGGUUGCAUCGGUGCUGCACUUUUAACAGCGACACCGUAGCAUUGCCAUUUGUUUUAGCAGGAGCUCUAUUACAAAUAAAAUUCAGUAAUUCCA